AUGGCAGGAACAACUUCAAAAUCUAAGGAUACACUAACGGUCCCCUCAUUAACGAUGAGAAGUCCCAACCGUUGUUCUACCCUCUCUUCCUCAUCUGGACGUUCCCAAUCCUCUGGAAUAGCUAAGAUGGAUCCCGAGUUGCGAUGUCCCUCCUGUUCUCGGUACUUUCUUAGUCCUGUUCUCCUUCCUUGCGGACAUUCCUUAUGUUCCUCCUGUGCUGUCAAUGCCCUUCGACCUAUUACAGAUCCAACGGUUUCUGUUGCUUUGCAAGCGAUUAUAUCCGCUAACGAGGCUGCUAGCAACUCCCAAAAGCGCCCCUCUGCCACAUUUGAAGCUAUUGUUCAUAAUGAAUCUAAUCUGGAAGGCAGCAGCUCUACGGUUAGUGGAACUAGUCAUGGAGGAACAGAUUCAGAUCAACAGAGUAUUGUCAGCGAAGCUGAUUCUGGGGUUGUAAUGGCUAGCCGAGCAGGAAUUUAUGCAGGUCGACUACCUACUAUAAUCUGUCCCAAUGUAACAGGAAACACCCAGAUCUCCCAUCCCACUUUAGUUCCCCAACACGUUCUCCAAAAUCUAACCAAUGGUCUUGCCUGUCCUUCUUGUCGUCGAAUAGUAGCCCUGAUGGAUGAGAAAGGGAUUAAUCAACUCCCCAGAAACAGAGCUCUUGAACGGGUCCUUACGAAAUUAAUCGGGGAGGAUUUGUUUACUUGUGGAAUAAUUAUAGAAAGUACUCCCAGAUCCCAAGGUGUUCCGAUAUGUCAACUCUGUGAUGAACCUGACCCCCUGAACAUGGAUCCGUUAUCGAUCGGCGGUGCCCGAUUAAUAGAAGGUGGAUCUCAGACUGGAACUCCUGCAACAUUUUGGUGCGAACAAUGUGGAAUUUUCUACUGCGAUGACUGCAGAGAACGUUGCCAUCCUAACCGCGGACCUCUGCUCAAACAUGGACUUCAUCCAGCUGCAACUGGAGCAGAAAUCGUCCGUCAGAAACGCCAGAAUCAACCUCCUAUUUGUCCUGAACAUCCUCAUGAAACUGCCAAUCUCUUCUGUUGUGCUUGUCGUGUAGCGAUUUGCAAUGAAUGUGUUCUACAGGAUUCCAACCAGACCACGUGCAUACGGACUCCAAAUAGUUAUGGACAGCAUGCACAGCAAGAAGUCCAGAUGCUGCAGAACUACUGCAAGAACAAGAAAGUGAGUAAUUCUGGCUUUCCUAAUUUAUGA